UUGGUCAAAAUAAAUUAUUAAACAUGUUUUGGUUUGAGUUCUGUUGUGGCUCAUGGCUGGCUGACAUACAUAUGCUGCUUCUUCCAUUUCCCCCAGACUCAACAAGAGAGGGAUAUUCAUAUCAGCCGGUCUUCAUUCUGUUAUCUGCCCUGUGCAUGGAUGGGUCUCUCUCUGUGUCGCCGGCUGUUUGACAGCAGCACUUCUAGGACCAGUCCACCCCCUCUCUCUCCCUCCUCUCUUUCUCCUGUCACCCCUCUCUCCACUGCUCCAUCCAUGCGCCUCUCCGCACUCCUCCACUCACCACCCGUUGUCCCUGGCAACCUGUGCUCGCUCUGGAGUAUAUCUGAGAAAUCCCCGCACCUGCAAGUCAGCGAUGGUGGAGUGUGUGUGUGGCGUCAGCCUGUGGAGCAGAGCAGCGACGCCAUCCGAUCCAGCGGUGGGAUCAGGGCGGGGCUUCACUUAUGGGAGGUGGCCUGGGAGGCGUACGAAAGAGGAAGCCACGCCCUCAUCGGUAUUUCCACCAGGAAGAGCCCUUGGCAGGCGUCGGGCUACACCGCGCUGGUGGGCAGAGACUCCCAGUCCUGGGGGUGGGAGCUCUCAUCGAAUGAGCUGUGGCAUAAAGGCAAGGAAGCGGGGAGGUAUCCUGCAGGGGCGGAGCAUCCAGUGGUCAUUCCAGAGCGUGUAGUGGUGGCAGUGGAUGCGGAUGCAGGAACUCUGGGAUACUUGGUGGAGGGCCGCUAUUUGGGCGUGGCCUUUGCUGAUCUACCAAAAGGGGAGGACCUUUUCCUGGCAGUCAGCUGUGUUUGGGGCAGAGCCAGUAUACGCCUGCGCUACCUUGGCGGCAUGUCUCGUGACCCUCCUUCUCUGAUGUCACUAUGCAGUCUGACCAUCCAUCAGACGAUGGGUCGGAGUCGAGUCUCCUUGACUGACAGGCUGCCCCUCCCACCUGUGCUACAGCGUUUCUUACAGGCUCACCAGUGGCCUGUAAGCACCUCCUGUUGAGAAGUGUUUCAAGUUGUUCACCUGAGAUUUAUUUAUUUUGUAAUCAUUUUCUUGCAGUACAUUUCAGUGAAUGGCAUUAAAAUUAGAAUGAAUUAAUCAUUCAGUGUAUCUAAUUAUUAUGUCCUUUUAAUAUUGAUGUUUUUGUCAUGUGCAUUCGAUAUGUAUCUUGAUUUGAAAUAUGUGAAAUUGUAAAUAUUGCGAAACAGAACAUAAAUAUAAUGUAUAUAAACGUAUAAAUAUACAUUUUCUGCGGAAAUGCUUCUGUGUGUUUGUGUAAAUCAGCAGUGUCUACUCCACUCAGCAUCUCUGUUUGAGGCCCCAUUUGGAUAGACCUUUUUUGCUUAGGAAGGUUCCUAACUGAGUGGAAUGACCUGGAAGUAUUUAAAUGGCAGCCAUUAUAAAAGCUGGUCGAAUUCUCUAAAUGCUUAGGAAAGGUGCUUCAGUGCUUCCUUUUGUAUAUUCUUUAGCAUAGGGUACACUGGACUAUCCUUUUCGAAAAGAAAGGUGAUAGUACCACCCCACAAUUCCUUGCGGCAGCAACAACAACCUAAUCAACAACCAAUGUGACCCACGUCAAUAACAUCCGCCUUCACAUAAUCAGUAGCCUAUUGUAAGUGCAGUCAGAUUCUGUUAGCACCGCGUUUGUCUUUUCCUAAGUCCCUAUGAAUUCUACUUUACAUCUUUGCUUGACGUAUUCCAUCGAGGUCAAGGAGAAGUUGUUAGGAAAGGACACUAGGACGGACUUUCCGACUGCAGACCAGGUCCGCCCUAAAUUACAUCACUUCCUAGGCCUGCUCUAA